AUGGUCCCUGUUUUUCCGACGAAGGAGGCUCUGUUGCCGGAGGAUACCCAGAACUGGUUGUUGACUCCGGUGAGUACCCAUGUCUCUCCUCUGUCUCCGGUGGUGGUCUCUGCUCCUCCGGUGGGAGCUGGUUCUGUUCCGGCGAAGGAGUUUGAACCCGUUAAGACUGCUCCGGCGAAAGGGUUGCUAUGUCGGGGGUUUUUAGGGUCUAGAAAUGUUUCCUCUUCCUCUCUGCCUGGGAUGAAGGAGGCUUCAUUGUCGGUAAAGGGCUCUAAGGUUGUAGUCGAAGAUUCACUGACCUGUUCUAUUUCGGGAAAGCAUGCGGCUGAGCUGGGUUUGAGAUUAAGCGAACCUUUUCCU